AAAAUAUAUCAGGGAGCGGAACAUUCUGCUUUCUUAUAAAGAGGGACGACAGAUCCCAAGCAAGGCAUACUUAUUAGACAAGCGAAAGAGGUGGCUGUAAAUAUGCAAACACUUUGGCUCAUUGUUGUUUUGUGCUUUUGGAAUGCCCAAGCAGAGGAAAAAGCUGGUACCUCAUGGCAUCCAAUCGCUGGCAGUUUAAAAGUUGUUUCAGCAGGUCAAGCAGGCGUAUGGGGCGUUAACAAACGCGAUUACAUCUACUACAGAGUGGGAACGUAUUUGCCUGGACCAAUUUACAAAUCUCCACUGAAAGGUUCAAAAUGGAACAAAGUUUGGGGCAGUUUAAAAGAAAUUAGUUCGGGUUACAAUAUCGUGUGGGGCGUAAACAGGAAUGAUCAGAUAUAUAUCAGAGCUAUUUCAAAAUCCCAUCCCGGUGGAACUACAUGGAAACUGAUUGGUGGAUUUUUAAAGCAAGUGAGUGUAAGUUCCCGAACAAAUAACGUAUGGGGAGUGAACAGACACGACAGAAUCUAUUACAGAAUUGGCGCAAGUCUUCGCACACCUAUAGGAAUACAUUGGAAACGUAUUUCUGGUUCAUUAAAAUACGUAUCAGUAGGAGAUUCUGGUGUUUGGGGUGUUAAUCGCCAUGACAAAAUAUAUUUUCGCAGAGGUUCUAGAGGCGGUAACAGCGUUGGGACAAGCUGGCAACCUAUUUCAGGGUCAUUAAAGCAAAUACAUAGUGGUCAUGAUAUAGUAUGGGGAGUCAACAGACAUGAUCUCAUAUAUAUUAGAGAAGGUAUUAGUGCGAAACAUCCAACUGGUCUUCGUUGGGUAAAACUAAGUGGCGGAUUAAAAUACGUAUCAGUGAGUAGCUACGAUGGCAGUACUUGGGGUGUCAAUAAGGAUGAUAACAUCUACUACAGACAAGGUGCACGACUGGUCAACAUAGGCUACACACCCUGGACACACUUAUCGAAAUGUAGUAAGACGUGUGAUGGGUUCCGAUAUAAGUACAGGUACUGCAUUAAAUAUGCUCCAGGUUGUGGCCGCGCGUUGUGUCUUGGUAAGACUGUUCUCAAAUCUCCAUGCAGUCCAGUAAGUCCGCCAUGUUUACCACGAUGGCCGCGAGAUUUUAAAUGGAGUUAUGCAGGAAGAAUUAGAAAUCGUCAGUGCCUUCAGAUAUUAGAGAAAGCAGACCCCCACACCUGGAGUGAUAACUUUCUUUGUUGGACUAGAAGACAAUACAAUCCUGGUUUUAGAUGGUCGUCAGCUGGACCGAUUCGUGGAAUGAGAUGCACACAACUUCUUGAGACAGCAGAUCCUCACACAUGGCGAGAUAAUUACCUGUGCGUUCCGCCAAAGUCUCGCUAUCAUUUCCGAUGGUCAUCGGCCGGACCAAUUAAAGGGCUAUCUUGCAUUCAAUUUCUAGAACCGUCUGACCCUCACACCUGGCGUGACAAUUACUUGUGCCAUCGUAAAAUGUAACUUUUGAAGUAUCGAAUGUAAUUUUCUUGUGUAACAAAGCAAUAUGAACUAUUAAUUCAAA